AUGUCGGCGUUGAAAUUGAAUCUUCCUCCCGUUCCAAGACAACCGGAAUUGGUUCCUGUACUCACAUUCAACUUGAAAUUGAAAUCAGACCCCGUGAACAUAUUCACCAAUACCCAAAUUGACAAGACGUUGACCUUGGCCACGUUGGAAAACGGAGAAAUCAAAUCGAUUGAGAACAAGUUGGGCUACAAAUUGGACAUUUCGCAGAUUUACGGCACUGAUGAUUUGAACGUCAAGGAUUCCGUUGAAACUGCCUAUUUAGAUUGUAAGUUAUACGGCAGGACUCCCAAUGGAUCGGGGGUGUUUGUCCACUAUGGCGGUCGUGUGCAACUAGAUGCUGUUUCUGUUGGUGUAGUUAGCGGCAAGACUAAAGAGGCGUCGAUUGAGGAAAGUUAUGUUACUUGCAACCCAACUUUUACCUUUGAUGAUAAAGUCGAAGAAGAGUACAAGUGGGUCUUGAGGGAGAAUUUGGUUGGCAAAGGCAGGUUUGGCAGAGACGAUGAUGGUGCCCUCUAUGUCCAAUACUACAUCUACGUGAUUCGUUAA